UGAUACAUAAACGGUUGAAAGAGUUAGAGAACGUUAUAUGGACGACUCCGACGGCAAUUUAGAAAAGUGGAAAAUAAUUUGACUUAAUUUUCAUCUCCGUUCAUGGGAAUUCAAACCUGAUUGCACAGCUCAUACAUUUUAUGUGUUAACUCAUUACUAGUCAACAUGUUGGUACAAGAACCUGUCCAGGCGGCUAUCUGGCAUUGUCUUAAUCAUUACAACUAUUGGAAUGCUACAUUUCUAGCUGAGAAACUUCAAGAUGAAAUUAACAAUGAGGAAAGCUUGUAUCUACUUGCCACUUGCUACUACCGUUCAGGAAAAGCAAAUCAAGCAAGAAGUUUACUGCAAUCAAAAGGAACUCAGUCCCCACAAUGCCAAUAUCUAUUAGCCAAAUGUUGUUUAGAUCUGAACAAGCUUGCUGAAGCAGAAGGAACAUUGAUGGGAGGAAAUAUCUUCAAACAGAAAUCUUUAGAUGAUGUUGUGGCUGAAUAUGGAGAUGCAGCUUCUUUUGUCCUAGUUUUACUGGGUCAAGUAUACAUGCAAACAGAACGAAAGCUCAAAGCUGUGGAAGUCCUCAAUAGAGCUCUAAAGCUUAAUCCAUUCCUGUGGGCUGCAUUUGAACUUCUGUGCCGGCUUGGUGAAAAACCAGAAGCUGAAGAAGUCUUUCAGUUGGAUGGAUUGGAAAAUUUCUCACACUGUCAUGGAACUAACCCAAUAGCUUCAUUGAUCACUGCUCAGAUCAACCAAUCACAAGAUGCUACCACCAAAGUACAUCCUCAUGAACCAAUGUCUGUUGACCAAAUCUCCACUCCUAUACUUCAGGUUCCUUCAGCAGAUGUAAACAUAGUGAACACAAGCACUCCACUACCAUGUGUGCCUCUUAUCCAUCACAAUAUACCUAAUUUGACUCCAGACGAUCAAAUGAUACCUUCAAUACCGUUGACGAGUACCAUGGCUCCAACACGUUCCAGGGCACGAUCGUUCCGGCUGCGAUCAGUUUUCAAAGCUGGUCAAGCUCUAUCACCCAUGUCUCCCAAUUUCGGUAUCAUUCCUUUGGAUACGUCAUCGGCAAGCGAUGCGUCUCAAAGUUCAAUGGUAUAUCUGUGUCCAUCGCUUGCGCCUUCGGCAACCGAAACAAAAGAAACAAAGAUAAUGCCUAAACGGUUGGGAGGCCGGCGCGAAACGGCUAGUGCUGCCCCAAGUGCUCCUUCACGUAUGGGGGUUUUCUGCCAAUCAGGAAAUACAGCGACACCAACACUUUCGUCGCCUCCGGCUGCGAAUGUCAGAAGAAGCACGCGCCUCUACAGCUCCAACAACUCAGUAAAAGAAAAUAAUAAGAGCAGUUCACGUUUCGUCGUACCCAAGUUGCCCCUGAAACGCAGCAAAUCUAAACUAACAAAAAGUGAUACGCCAGAAAGUGGAUUAGCACCAAUCAGCGACUUCCAAGAAUUGAUCGGAAAACUAGAUAAAGAGGACGAAAAACCAGGAUUACAACCCAGUCACAUAACCUCUGCACAGACACCACCGACAAAUUUAGUUCAUGAGGCGGUCCAAAUGCAAAAGCAGUCGGCGGAAGGACUUAUGUCUCUUCUUCGGAUUGUUGGCAAGGCGUUUUCACACCUCACGUCUUACGAGUCUCGUCAGGCGAUUGACACAAUAGAAUGGCUGUCUGCACGCCAUAAAAGAUCAAGCUGGGUUCUUUCUCUUAUGGCCAAAGCUUACUUUGAGUUAGCGGAUUACAAGCAAGCGGCAAGGCUGUUCCAAGAGGUGCGUGAAAUGGAACCCUAUCGUACUGAUCUAAUGGAGUAUUACAGUACUGCACUUUGGCAUCUGCAACAAGAAGUUUCACUCUCAGCCUUAGCACAGGACAUGCUUGAACAGGAUAAAAUGUCUGCUGCGACUUGGUGCUGUGCCGGCAAUUGUUUGGAUCUUCAAAAAGAUCGUGAACAAGCACUAAAAUUUUUUCAGCGAGCAAUCCAAGUUGAUCCCAAAUUUGCGUAUGCAUACACACUUUUGGGUCAUCAGUAUCUAGCUCUUGAAGAAACAGAGAAAGCCAUGGAUUGCUUUAAAAAUGCUGUCAGAGUCGAUCCGAUUCAUUAUAAUGGAUGGUACGGCAUGGGAAUAAUUUACUACAAGCAAGAACGGUAUUCCAUGGCCGAGUUUUAUUUCAAGAAGGCGUUGGACAUCAACAAGAACAGUCCAGUGUUAAAAUGUCACGUUGCAAUUGUGGAGCAUGCACUCCAGCGAACCGAUCGGGCCCUACAAAUGCUCAAUUCAGCCCUAGCUGUAGAAGAACGUAACCCACUCUGCAAGUUUCAUCGGGCAUCUAUUUACUUCGCCUGUGAUCGACUCGACGAAGCCUUGACAGAAUUGCACGAGUUAAAGGAAAUUGCUCCGCGCGAAGCUCUUGUCUAUUACCUUAUGGGAAAUGUUUACAAAAAAAGAAAUGAAACUCACCUGGCGCUAACCAAUUUUAGCUGGGCCAACGAUUUGGAUCCUAAGGGAGCAAGUGGUGCUAGACGUCAUAUCAAAGAGGUAAUUGACCCAACUUCCAGUCUGAGCCUUGUUCCAGUUAGUGGAAUCUCCCAAGAACCACAUCAAGCUUCCAUCAGCAACGAUCAAGAUGAUGGGAGUACCGUGGAAGGAGGCAAUCACUCUGGAGCUAGUAACAAUUUGUCCAAUGAUGAGUCUCUGGAAAUGCCGCCGUUACCGACAAUGGACAGCGGAGAUGGUGAUCAUUUCUACAAUACAACUGAGUAGCUAGCGUUUGCAAGUGCUUGUAUUUCUCUAGCCUGGGCGUGUAAUUUGUUUAACUGUCCGAAAUCAGUGAAAAACUAACAGAAUUUCGUUUUUUUUAUUGCGGAUCACAGGCUUGAACGAAUAAUAUAGUUUAGAUUCGCAAUUGAGAUUGUCUAUUGGCCGUUUGAUGUUCAUCAUAUGAGCCUAACUUUGUUUUCGCGUCUGAAUAUCGUGAAAUAGG